UGCGAAAUUUAUUGGAAUGAAGAUACUGCUGCUAGCUCUGGUUUUCUGCUCCUAUGUACAGGCAUCUUGGAGCUGCUUUGUGGUUGAGGGUGGCUGUCCAAAUAAGAACGUGACCUUUUGGCUUUAUACCAAUGCAACUCGGGAUAAUCCCACACAAAUCAGACCAAUGAGAAUUGAUCCCGCACUCUUUCAACCGCCUCGCCCAGUUUAUAUAAUUAUUCACGGAUAUACAGGACAUCGCGACUUUUCCCCCAAUACUGAAAUUAGACCGGAACUACUUGAUAAAAAAGCAGUCUAUGUGAUCUCCGUUGACUUUGGUCCCUUGGUAAGGCAUCCGUGUUUUAAGGAAGCCAUUCUAAAUGCGCUGCUGAUUAGCGAAUGUCUGGGUCAGUUGAUCAACAAUUUGGUUAAUCCUGGCAUUAUCAAUAAGGAUGACUUGCACCUCAUUGGAUUCAGCUUGGGUGCCCAAGUGGCUGGCCAAACGGCCAACUAUGUGAAUCACACACUUCAUCAUAUAACGGGCUUAGAUCCAGCUAAACCUCUGUUUGUUGUAACCCAUGACAGACAUCGCUUAAAUCAUGAAGAUGCCGACUUCGUGGAUAUUAUACAUACGAAUCCUGCGGAACGUGGCAUUCUAAAACCCAUGGGGCAUGCGGACUUCUAUGUCAAUUUUCGAGACGGAGAACAACCUGGCUGCGAGAAUCAUAAAUCUCCAGGCUCUUGCAGCCACAAUCGUGCCCCCGAAUACUAUGCCGAGUCCAUUGCAUCGGAGAAUGGUUUCUGGGGCAUCAAGUGCCAUAACUGGCAUCCACAUGCCUUCGGUCGUUGCACCUUGCAACAGACUCAAGCCUUGAUGGGCUAUCCUGCGUCCCCCAACAACAGUGGCACUUACUUCCUGGAGACGUAUGCCAAUCCGCCUUUUGCUGCCGGGCAUAAGGGUGCAACUAUCACUGACUUGACAACAAAGUUGUUUGAUAAAACUGGUGUUCAGCACAUCGAUGAAUUGGAGCAGAAACUGGAGCGCAGAUAUUUGCAAAUUGAGGCUGAUGCGCUUAAGAAAUCAAAGAAAUUGGCUGAAGCUUAAUUCCAGAUAUAUUCAAUAUCAUCAUU